CAGCCUUGACAUACUUGCUUUCCUUAAUUUUCCCUAGAUUUCUCCUCUUUCUUUCUUCUUUAAAGAUAAUAUAUAGCCUCUCUCCGGUUACUAAAGCUGAGGAAAUAUGGGAGGUUGCGCCACCAAACCUAAGGUUUUAAUGGCUGACGACCGCAGUAUCCCGGCACCGCCUCCCGAGCCGACGAAAGAAGCCGUUGCGGCGGAGGGUGUGGAUGUCGCUGCUGAAAAAGGCGAUCAAAAGACGGAAGAUGAUGUUGGUGGUGAGGAUGUUAAGAGCAAGGAUGUUGAUGAGGCUAAUAAGGUCGAUGAUGAAGCGAGCAAGCCACAAUCUCUUGGUAACUUGUUGAACCAGAAUGAAAAGAAGAGUGCAGCUGAGACCGAGACCAAUAACAACACGCCAUCGGAGCCAACGAAAACCGAACCACUAGAACCAGUGGAUCAAGAACCAAUCGAGGAGAAGAAGCCGACUGAGCCAAUCGAGUCGGCCAAGGAGCCAGAGCCUUUGUCUGUUGAACCCGAAGCAGCAUCAGAGGCAACAGCAACCGUGGAUGUGGCUGAGACGGAAAAGAAAGAAACAUCAGCAGCGGCAGCUGAAAGUGAAGAACGGAAGACUGAAGUAGCAAAGUGAAGUGUUUGUGUGAUAAAAACAC